AUGAGCACUUUCAACAUCCAGAGCGCACGCGAAGCGUUCCCCGCAUUAAAACAGAACCAAGUCUUCUUUGAGAAUGCAGGAGGAAGUCAAACUCUAGGCUCGGUGGUCGAAGCAAUUACUAAUUAUCUUACCAAAACAAAUGUGCAACUGGGAGCCACGUACCCCACAUCUGUCAAGUCAAGUCAACUCUAUGCAGAAGGUUAUGAAGCUGCAGCAAAGUACAUCAAUUCUCCUACCGAAAACAUUGUGCUUGGGUCAUCAACUACUCAACUUUUCCGCAAUCUCUCAUUCGCAUUCAAGUUCCCAGCAGGCUCAGAAUUAGUCAUCUCGUCCAUUGAUCACGAAGCCAAUAUUGCAGCUUGGCUGGAUCUCGCUGAUCGUCUAAGUUUGAAAAUCAAAUGGUGGACACCAAAGUCAAAAGAGAAUCCAAAGCUUCUCGCUUCCGAUUUGCCCGAGCUUUUGACAGACAAGACCGUCCUCGUAACUUGUACUCACGCUUCUAAUGUUCUAGGGACGAUUCAUGAUAUCAAAGCGAUAGCUGCGGAGGUUCACAAGAUUAAGGACGCCGUCUUAUGUGUCGACGGAGUAGCUUACUCGCCCCAUCGCCAUCUUGACAUGCAGGAUCUUGGUGUUGACUUUUACUGUUUCUCUUGGUACAAGGUUUAUGGUCCUCAUAUUGCCAUGCUCUACGCUUCUCCUCUAGGAAUGUCAACUACAAAAUCCUUGGGUCAUUACUUCAACCCUCACGCCACUCUACAGCACAAACUCGGUCUCGCCGGUUCGUCUUACGAACUUACAGCCGCUAUUCCCGCUGUCGUUGCCUACAUCGGAGCCUCCCCCAAAGAGACGUGGUCCGCCAUUGAAAAGCACGAAGGCGAACUGCAAACUCUACUUCUCGACUAUCUGAACAGCCGAAAAGAUGUCACUAUCUACGGCGAGAAGAGCGCGGACACAAAGCUAAGAGUUGCAACGAUAAGUUUUACCGUUGCUGGAUGGAAGAGUAAGGAUGUUGUGGAUAAGGUUGAGGAGUUGAGUAAUGGUGAGAUGGCCAUCAGAUGGGGUGGUAUGUAUAGUGUGAGAUUACUGGAGGACGUCCUUGGAUUGGGUUAUGAUGGAGUCGUUAGAGUCAGUAUGGUACACUAUAAUACUGUGGAUGAGGUUAAGCGAUUAAUUGGUUUAUUCGAGCAAGUUCUCGAAAAGAAAUAG